AUGCUUUGUCACGGUUUCAUCAUAUCGUUUUGAACACGGGUCCACACUGGCACACGGACAAGAAGUGGGGUCCCAACGAGUCGGAUGAUGAGAUGAUGGCAGCGUAUAGGAAAGCGAUGAAGAUCGUCGUUGAUUUCUUGGUUGAGAACAUGACGCCACUGCAACGCAUAUGGAUUCGAAGCACACCUUAUGGACAUCUCAAAUGCUCUCAGUAUAAGGAACCUAGCAAAGUACCACACGUUCCUACCCGUAAACAGGGUGAAUAUCAAUGGGACAUGCAUGUCAAGUUUGACCAAGUUUGGAAGGAUCUUAUUGAUGAGACUGGUGACGACCGCAUCAAAUUCUUCAAUGUCUCUACCAUGGCUAAUCUUCGUGGUGAUGCCCAUUCUCGUCCCGAUUCAGAUUGUCUACACACCUGCUUGCCUGGUCCCGUAGAUGACUGGAACAAGCUACUAUUCAGUGAAAUUGCUAGGGAGGCUGCUCGGAUAGCAUCAUAGUUUUAAAUCAAGAAGAACAUAAACGAGAGAUAGAAAGAGUAUCUUAUAGAGACAGUUUACACCCACCCACUGCACAACAGUUUAACUUUUAUGUACAUUAUACCGAUUUCAAGUUCUGUUCAAGGAAUUCAUCUGUAAGCAUCUCUGCUUCUCGAAUGAGCAUAUUAAUUUCUGCCUUGGCAGUGGAAGGCGACCAGUAGAUGAACAACAAGGGGAAGUUCUUACGUCCAUCACUAUGCGUCAACUUGAAUA